GGGACCCGGCUGCCCACGAGUGGGGCCCGGGCUGCGGAGAGGCGGCCUGGGACCCCGCGGCGCCCCUCGCGGCCUCGGAGAGGCGAGCGCGCGCUUCUGACGAGCUCAUCAGUUCAGGAUGGGAAACCACGCGGGAAAGCGGGAGUCAAGCGCGGAGAAGGGCAACAAGGACGGAGAAGCCAGCGCAGGAGAGUCUGACAAGAAGAGGGACGUCUGCCAGCUCUCCCGGGAGGCCUCGGAGGACAACGAGGUGUUCGGGGAGGCAGAUGUGGAGCAGAACAAUGGGACCCCCUCUCAGGACACAGCGGUGACAGACUCCAAGCGCACAGCGGACCCAAAGAAUGCCUGGCGGGACGCCAACCCAGCUGACCCCGGGGGCCGCCCCCACUUGAUCCGCCUCUUUUCCCGAGAUGCCCCGGGGAGAGAGGACAACACCUUCAAAGACAGGCCCUCGGAGUCAGACGAGCUCCAGACCAUCCAAGAGGACAGUGCAGUCAGUCCUGAGGGCCUGGAUGUGAUGGCGUCACAGAAAAGACCCUCCCAGCGGCACGGAUCCAAGUACCUGGCCUCAGCAAGCGCCAUGGAUCACGCCAGGCAUGGCUUCCUCCCGAGGCACAGAGACACGGGCAUCCUUGACUCCCUCGGGCGCUUCUUUGGCGGUGACAGGGGUGUGCCCAAGCGGGGCUCAGGCAAGGUGCCCUGGCUCAAGCAGAGACGGAGCCCUGUGCCCUCUCAUGCCCACAGCCAGCCCGGGCUGUGCACCAUGUACCAGGAUGGACAUCACGCAGCGAGAACUACCCACUACGGCUCCCUGCCCCAGAAGUCGCAGCACGGCCGGCCCCAAGAUGAAAACCCUGUAGUGCACUUCUUCAAGAACAUUGUGACACCACGCACACCUCCUCCAUCGCAAGGAAAGGGGCGAGGACUGUCCCUCAGCAGAUUUAGCUGGGGAGCCGAGGGGCAGAAGCCGGGACUUGGCUACGGAGGCAGAGCUCCAGCUCACAAGGGACUCAAGGGGGCCCAUGACGCCCAGGGCACGCUUUCCAAAAUCUUCAAACUGGGAGGAAGAGAUAGUCGUUCUGGAUCACCCAUGGCGAGACGCUGAAGCCCUACCUUGUGGUCCCAGAAACCUGUCCUCAGCUUCUUAAUAUAACUGCCUUAAGAUUUUAAUACCGUCCACAUCCACUCCCUACUUGCAGCAAACACCCUCCCGCCUAAUGCCCGUUGAGUUGUGCACAUGGUGGGGUCAGGCACGCCGCACCUGCUGCAGCUUCUGGCCAUCAGCUAAAUGGAGGGAACGCAGACAGAAUAUUAAGCAGUUACUUGGUGUCUGAAGAGAGCGCGUCCUCGGAGCUCCCUCCACCGCGGCGCGGCCCGAGUCACCGGGCGCUGGUGCGCGGACACACCUCCGAGUUCACCCUCCUCCCUCCUUGGACUUGCUUUGCUGACCCGGCAUCCCUCGGCUUCGCAGGCACUGCCGUGGGGACGCUGCCGUGGACACAGGGACAUGUGCAGGGCGGUGAGGACUGUUGAUCCGAGCUUCCUUUGGUUGCUUUCCCCGCCCCUUGCUCACCUCCUAACACACACUUACUCUCCCUCCAGGAUGAGGCAGUCGGGAGCGGCACGGGGGGCUUUCGGUACGUGAAGUGCGGGCGGGCAGCGGUGAAGAGUCCCGUGGGGUGGGCGCGGAGGGGGCGCCUGCAGGCGGCGGCCCACCCCACGCGGUUAGCGGAAUUCGGGCGCGGCGGAGAGGGGACCGGGAGGCAAGGCUGGGCUGGGCCACGGCCCCAACAGGAAACAGGAUCUUCUUGGAAAUGAGGUGAGGUACAGCGGGAGCCAGAGUGGCUUCUGCCAACAGCCUGUUCCCCCAGAGCCCAGCAGAGGUCCGGGGAGACGCUCGUCUCAGAGCGGGACUGGAGGAGUGUUCUGGGUGGCCUCACGGCGUCACCCUGGUCGCUGCGGGAGGUGACCAGCGGUGCGCUUCCCACGGCAGUGCACACUGCAAUACUAACCCUCGGUGGACAGAUAACCUUCCGUCCGCUUGCAUCCUAGACGCGGACACGCGUAGCGAAUAGGCUUCGGAGGGCCCGCUUCCCGAAUCGCUGAGCUGGACGUCAUGGGGGCCGGGCCUGGCCGGCCCUGUGAGCAGAGAUGGGCUCCUCUGAAUCGUGUCUUUUCUAACGAGCUGACCUUUCCUGUGCCCCCCUCGUAACAUACUGAUCCCGCCUUUUGGUUUUAGCGUAUGUCUUAGAGGCCUUCCAAGGAGCCCCCACUGGCAUCGUCCUCCCUUAGAAGGAACACGAGGAAUAGUCAACGUGUCAACAUAAUCCCGUCCUAAUUCCGAUGUCCGGUGGGGGUUUAAUAUAAUGUCUAUUAAUCUAUAGCCUCAAUGAUGAGAGGGUUACAGGGGAACAAGGAACAAAAUUUCAGAAACAAAACCUCCAAACUGCGUGACACACACACACUCUACAUCUCUGAGCCGACCGCUGGCCGAGUGAUCUCCACGCGGGGCUACGCCCAGACGGCGUGCGCUGAGAUGGGCGCUCGUGGGAAGUACACACUGUUCUUGAAUAUCGAAAUAAAAUAAUAAACUUUUAAUGAUA